GCGCAUGCUCGCUCGGUCUUUUUUUGGUCAGGCACUGAAAUCUGUCAGAUCAGCGGUGAGCACUAUCACCUUAUAUCUUCAAGUAUUACACUGUGAUCACUUCUUAAAGUGGGAAAUAGAGGCUUAGAUCCAGCUCUAGGUCUUUUCCGACUUCGGUGUUGUCUUUCGACGUCUGUGGAAGAAAGAAACAGCAGAGAAUGACGAGCAGUUUAAAGCGGAAAGAAGAGAGUCAUCUGCUGAAUGGGGGUGUAAAACAGUCCACAUGGAGCAAAGCCUUCAACAGUAAUGCUGUUUGGGAGGAGAAGGUCAGUCUGCUGCUGCCCUCUUAAGAUGCAGCUUAGCUCUCAGGAUGUUGUAUUAGACCAACUUAAUUGUUGUGAGGUAUUGUGUCUUGCAGCCAUGCUAAGGCUGGGGAUUAAUCUGAUUUGUCUAUAAUGUUAGUUUAUAAUCAAAUCAAUGAAUCUCCUCUGGUAUAGAUUCUGUCUUCUACAUUUUCAGUUUAUGUUGACAUGAUCAGACAGGUGAGAAAUGUCUUUUAUUUUAGGUGAUGAACAAGAGUGCAUGAUAUAGAAAUGUGUUUCUAAUAUCUUGCUUUUAUAGCAGUGGGGGAAAAAAGCCACCCACAAACUUCAUCUUCAGUAAUAAAUGUAAAGUACAACAAUCAGCUGUCUGAUCAUGAUAAAAAAACUGCUUCCUGAGGGUAGAAUUUGCAGCUGAGCUGUUGUGGCCCGUGGAACUAUUAUAUCUGGCCCACAAGAUCAUAUCAUAUUUGUAUUAUUAUUGGCCCACCAAUAUGAAGUCUAUAGAUUUCCUCCAGGAUAAUAAUGUAAACUUUAGCACCAUUAUUUAAAAUGUUCUUAAUAAACCACGAAAAUCUGGGAAAUUAAAUAAAUAAAUUUCACAUAACUUUCCAAGAAAAUGAUCAUCAAUAUAGAAAUGACUUAUACCAUCUUCACAGCACAUAAAGGUAUAUUAAAGCAAGUGAAUAUAUAGAUAAAUAAAAUGAUCCUGAGGAAAGAUUGAAAAUAACACAUACAAGAUUAUAGUCCUGAAAAUGUCCUCAAGACCUGAAAUGUCUUUGAAUCUCUUAUUUUUUUUGAUACAUACAGAGUUGUGAAUAUGUUUAGGAAAACCUGCCUUUAAAGGAAAUUUUAUGGCAUUAUUAAAUUCAGGGUUGCUGCACUCUGUAUUCAAAAAUAAAACCACAGUUUAGGAGGCUGAAAUAUAACUAAAGAUAUUUGAGACAUAGUAGCUUGGGAGGAAAGUACAGAAUGAAUUGGUAGAGGGACUCUUAAUAUAUUAUGUAGUGUAUAACACUGUUGGCACAAUUUUGCAUGAAUGGAACCACAUCAGACAUUUUAAGUUGCUUUUUUGACUGAAUAUAACAAAGUGGUCAGUGUUAAACAGGUCCCACCCCUACACACUGUACACCUGCCCAUAUUUACCGUGAAGGUGUUAAAGAGGAGAGCAGGCUGGAGUGACUAAAGUUGCUCAUUCUGAUGCAACAUCUUUGAUCAACCUGUCCUGGAAACUUCAGCUGUGUAUACAGAGCACUUUAAACAGUAUUUAAAUAUUCAGUAUUGAAAGAAAAGGAGGGAUAAGGAGUUUAGAAUUUCAAUAUUUUGUACCAAAAUUUGAUGCAAAAAGUUAGAUGUGAAGAAGUUACUGACAAUUUUGUGUCUUGAUCUACUGUUUUAUGAUCUGUAAGGCAAUAAAGGGGAUGUUUUUUUUCUAUAUUAUACAAGUUAAUAUUUUGGAUAGGGUCAAUUCCUACUGCAGUUUUUAAUGGUGACAUAAAUGUGUGACUGCCAGCUGCUCUAAAUGGCCCAUUCAGUUUCAUAGUUUCUCCAAUUUCAAGUUGAUUUCCCCCUGUGCCUUCACCCUAAUCUCUACCUUUAGGCCAAGAAACAUGUCAGUGUCUUGUAAUUUAUCUAAAUGAAGCGCUAAUCUAUAUUCUUUUUUUACAGGAUGAGUUUCUAGAUGUGAUAUACUGGCUGCGGCAAAUAAUUGCAGUAAUCCUCGGUGUGAUAUGGGGUGUUGCACCGUUGAAAGGGUUUCUUGGAAUAGCCAUGUAAGUAUCGUACGCAGCCUCUGUCUACUCCACAGUUAUUUGAGUUUAGAAGUGUAUGCAUCUCUGAAAGUGCUGAAUAAAAAAUGUCUUGUUUGUUUGCCUUCCCUAGAUUCUGCAUCAUCAAUGCUGGGGUCCUGUACGUUUACUUCAGCAGCUUUCAGCAGAUUGAUGAGGAAGAGUAUGGCGGCACGUGGGAACUCACCAAAGAAGGCUUCAUGACAUCUUUUGCUCUCUUUUUGGUAAGCGUGCAAAUAAAACAUGGAAAUACAUGGACUUUUUAAGAACUAUGGUGGGGAAUUGACAAUCUCCUCAUAAAUGUCAGAUUCAUUGAAGUGUCCAAGAGCUUUUAGAAAGUUCAUCGGUUUCUUAAGCUCACCUCACAAAGUAAUAUGUAUCAAGAAACAUGAGCCAUAUUAGGAUAUGUGUAUGAUACAUAAACGCAGGUGCAAUCCAGCAUCUUCUUGUGUGUUCGAGCAGAACUGUUUUCAAAUAAGUGCUUUGAAACUAUUCGCAAGUAAACCCUCAUUUCUUACUUCACCAGCACCUCUUGCUUUAGCAGGCAACCUCUUGGCCAAACAGCUCUAUCAACAGGAGCUGAGCUUGUUGUGAUCAAAGGGAUUUGAAUACAACACAAACAAAUUUAAAUUCCAUGUAUCCUAAGGAGGGGCAGGAAAAUUUCUGUUUUACAUGGCCUACAAUAAGGUGUGCCAUUUUCUUAUCAGAUCUUCAAUCGACUGCUUAAAUCUUGCACAACAAGUUUGUUUCUUGCAUGAAAUCUGGAUUUUCAGUUGAGAUCUGGUUCUCAUGUCCUACAUUUUUAAAGAAUUUAGUGUUAGUCUUUCUUUUGUUUGUACUUAAGCUUAUCAUGAGUAAAUUUGUAUUGAGUUCACUGUAUUUACUGUAAGAAAAUAACUCUCUGCUGUUAACAAAAUGUAAAAUUUCAUCUUUGGUGUCUCUCUCUUUCUCAGGUGGUGUGGAUAAUCUUUUACACAGCUCUACAUUUUGACUGAGAGGAAUCCCUGGGACAGUAAAUACAAACAUUUCUGCUGAAGUUGCUUGUCAAGACAGAGGAACUCCAUGGCCUGAGGGGUGUCAAGACUCCUGCAUACAGUAUGACUUUUCAGUGUGCAGUGUAUCAUGGGAAUCUUAGUUUCGAUUAACAAGAUCCUGCAACACCACCGUGAUGAACAUGUUGAAAUACUCUCAAAUGUGCUCCUUUUGAUGGCACCUUGCAUUACACUCCCCAUAAAUGUUGUAUACCCUUCCUCACUUCAUUGUCUUCAUAGAUAAAGAAAAAUAAACACUAGCGAUUAGAGACGGCUUACACAUCAGCUGAGAUUUGUUGCAGUUCUACAGAAGAGGAGGGAUGUUUCAUAUUUGUUGGCUUUCUCAGUUUUAGGAGAGUGACAUGAACACAGAUUCAAGACAACCACUUUGUGUAAUCAUCCCACUUUACUGACCAUGAGAUAUGUGUGUGUAAAAUAGAACUGGGCAAUAAAAGUCAAGUAUUGUUUUUUAAUCAUCAGAUUUCAAUCAGUGUUCCAGCGCUUUCUUUUGAGUUUGGAGACUAGAUAGCACAUAUUCAAUGAAAAUAAGUGCAGAAGGUCAAUUUUAAAUGAUCGGAUAAUAAAAUUCCUCUCCGGAGUGUAGUCUGGAUCUGAAAAAAAUAACUUGUGUGUUAAUUGUGGAGUCAUCUGUUUCCAUUCCUUUUAAACAGAGCAUUUUUGAUUAAAAUCUGUGUCAUGUUAUUUCUCCCGAAAGGUCUGAAAUCCAACUUAUUUGAAAGAAACUGCUGCUGAAAUCUCACUCGUGCUAAUUCUAACAUAAACAAAACAAAAUGCUGUUGGUGAGCCACACAUAUCAGCUGAUAUCCAGUCCCGAUGCAAAUAUCUGCCGAUAGUUUCAACAAGCUGUUGCUUCAGUCCGAAACCGAUAACCAUGUAUGUUAUGUCAAUCCAAAUAGUUUCCUCACAGGGAAGAGGGAGGAAACAUGCAUGCCAUUUACAGAUGCAAAUGUCCACAGAUCUAAGCUACAAACCAAUCUGUGCACUGCCAUGACUUGCUGUUGGUACAUUUAGAUGUCAUUUACUGAUGAUGUUAGGAGGUUAGAAUUAAUUUAAAUUUAUUAUUUGUUUCUCACAUGUAGCUUCCAGAUCAAAAGUCUUACCUGUUUUUUUUUUUUUUGGAAUUAAUUUAAACUUGUCUGUAAAUUCUGUACACUGUCCCUUUGUCAAAUCCGCCUUGUAUUACACAGAUUUAUUUGUACGUAUGUUAUAUCUUGUUUGAUGUAACAUAUUUCUCAGUAUUUUAUAGUGAAGAACUUUUAAAGCCAGUUCUCGCAAAGUUCUUGUAAUGAUACUGUUAUAUUAGAUACACGGCUGGUGUUUGAAAGGAUUGUAUUUUCUGAUCAAAUCUUUUGGGAAUCAUUAAACAUGGGCUUUAUUUAGCCUCCAUUUUCAAAGAGAA